AUGGUUGCCACUAUGGAUACAGAAAUAGAUAUCAACUACGAGAUGAAAGAUGUAAAACUCAAUCUCGAACGGAGUAAGCAUUCGGUCGAGGUUGUGGCCAAAGACGAGGAAAUCAGGAAGCUGCGAGUCAGCCAGUGCCUGCUACAAGACGACAACAGCGACCUCCACGAACAGCUCGAAGAGGAACAGGCGCGCUCGGACGAACUAGAGAACGCGCUAGACGAAGCCCUUGCACAGCUCGACGAACAAAAAGCCCGCGACGAGGAAGUACAAAACCAGAUCCGCACACAGGCGCGGGAGAAUGCGAAUCUAAAGGCAGAGCUGAAGGCAAUGGAAAACGUCACCUCCGACUCCAACAAGAUCCUCUCCGACAAGCUUGCGCUUUCCCGCGAGAUCUCAUCCCUGCGCCCAGAAGUCGAACACCUACGCGCACAAGUCGAGUCGAACCAGGGCCUCCUCACUGAGAAACUUUCACUCCAGCGCCAAUUGACAACACUCCAAGUAGAGUUGGAGAACGAGAAGCGCACAGCAGCGCGUACGCUAGCUAAGCAGGGCCGCAAGAUGGAGCAGGACGACGACAUUCGCACCGAGUUGGAGGAGGUCCGCAGGGAACUUGCACAAGAGAAGAAGGAUAAGGCGAAAGCCGAGGCUGCGCUCGCGAAGAUGGAGAAGGCUUCCGAGAAGGUGCAAUCAGAUCUCGAGUCCCAGCAGCAGGCGACCGAGCGUCUGCAGGCCAAGGUGGAGAAGCUGGCAAAGAAGGACACCAGCAAAUCCAGCAAACGCGAUGAAGCUCACGAUGCCGCAUUAGAAGAGCUCCGUCAAGAGCUGGAGCAGGAACGCGCAGCGCGUCUGAGCGCGGAGAAGGCCAGCAAGAAGAGCAGCAGUGAUAGCGCCGAGAUCGAAGAGCUCCGACAGGAACUUGAGCAGGAGAGGCAUGCACGCCAGAAAGCCGAGAAAGCCAGUAAGAAGGGCACGCAAACCGACAACUCGCAAUCUGAAGAAAUCAAGAAGGCUCUGGAAGAGGAGAAGCGCGAGCGUAAGAAGCAAGAGAAGGAGUACACCAAGACUUUGGCGGAGCUACAGGGGCGUAAUACCGUGCUUGAUGACAAGUUGAGCGCUUUCCGAGAGAAACUUCGCACUACCAAAGAGAAGUUGAAGGAGAAGGAAGCCGAGCUAGAACGCGUCGACCGGGCACAGACCGCACCACCCACAAAAGCUGCCGCUGCUACAACCACGAAGCCUGCUAAGACCGGUCGAAAGCGCCUGGCUGCGACAGCAGAGCCGGAGACGAAUCUGGGUACACCUGGAGACGGUUUCCCUGCGAAGAAAGCCAAACGCGGCACUUCAGCUGCUGCGGUUGGUGACACCUCUGCAUUUUCACUGACGCCGUUCCUAAAUCGCACUGGUAGCGUCGUCCCCGCAAGUCCAAUCGUCGAAGAGGAGGAAGAGGAAGAGGCGACUGCUCAGGAAGAGGCUACCCCGACUGCUCUGCUAAAGAAAGCCUCGAAGAAGAUUGCUCAGCCCAAGGUCAAGGCUCUGGCGCCUGCACCAUCAAACAAGGCCAACGCAAAGGUGACUGGCCGCAAGAAGGCUGCGGCACCAGUUUUGGAGAUGGUCAGUGAGGAAGCAUCCGUAAUGUCUCACAGCCAGUCCAAGGACGACUCCGAGAAUGCCCCAGUUAUGGUCCCGCUCAAGGACUCCGACGACGGUCCAUCCACAAAGUCCAAGCCUAUUGUGCCCAAGUUCAAGCCCCGCAAGUCACUCAUGUCCUUUGCAACAUUCGCCGAAGAGCCCGCCGCAGAGAAGAAGAAGAAGCGCAAGCUUGGCGCCAGUGCUGGCAAAACUCUAUUCGACGCUGAAGACGGUGAGGAUGUGGCGCCUCUGAAACCUGUUGGCGUGAGCAAGGGCUUGUUUGCGGCGAGGGCGCUGGGCAAGAGUGUGUUAGGCAAGCAGGGACAACGCCCUAUUUCUGGCGGCUUCAAUAUGCUGAGUGAGGAGGCGUUUGCAUUCAGUCCGCUCAAGAAGGAUAGGAGGGGCGCUAGCAUUUUGAAAUAG